AGAGCCGGGGAGGGCCCCGAGCUUCCGUCCCGGCGGCAGCGGCCGGGACUGAGCCCUGGGGCCGGGACUGAGCCCUGGGGCCGGGACGGAGCCCUGGGGCCGGGACUGAGCCCUGGGGCCGGGACUGAGCCCUGGGGCCGGGACUGAGCCCUGGGGCCGGGACUGAGCCCUGGGGCCGGGACGGAGCCCUCGGGCCGGGAGAGCGGAGGCAGCGGAGCCAUGAGCCCGGCAGAAAAUACAAAGGACAUCCUCGUGAUAUAUGAACAAGAAGCAGAAGAAUGGGCUCUGUAUUUAAAAUCUCUUUUUGGACUCAAAGUGAACAAAGAAGGAAUCUUACUCUACAACCUAGAAAAUUCAUCUUUCAAGCACCAGGAACUACUCUGUUUACCGUCCUAUAAAUGUAAACUCCUUAUACUCUCAUGUGGACUUCUUAACUGCCUGAAUGAAAAAAGAAGUUAUUUUCUGGAACAAGUUCUAAAACCUCUGGAUAAUGUGGUAAUUCUGCUUUGUGGAGUGGAGAAUUCAGAGAUUCUUCAUGAGAUACUGACCUUAGAUGGAGGCAGCAAAGAGAUUUCUACUGAUCAGAAACCUGAGGAAUAUAUUUCUGUUGUUAAAGAAAUUAUUCAACCAGAUAAACCGCGGGAUGAAAGUCCUGGAGAGUCUGUGUCUUGUAUCUAUGAAGUAGUUCUUGCAGAUGGUUACCAGACUAUCUCUGAUAUUAACUUGUCAGAUGUCAGUGGAACAUCAGAAGAAACAGACCUCACUUUUAAAACAGAUGUACUCUCUGAAAGAUUAGAAACUAAUGAGCAGUCAAUAUUGGUGCUUCCAAGAAGACUAUCAUGUGAGAACCCUGGUGAAAUAUUCAUUCUGUUGAAAGAGGAAAUAGAUGAAGAAACUCUAGAAAUUGAAUUCAUAACAGAUAAUCAACAAAUUAGAAUGCAGACAGCCUCUUGGAACAAGAAGGUCAAAUAUAUGAAAGCCCCAGAUUUUCCUGCUGGCCCUGUAUAUGUAAAUAUCUGCUGUGGGGGAGUCAUUAAGACGACAGCACAGAUUGAAUACUAUACUGCACUAGAGGAAAUUGAGCCCAUUUUAAAGAAAGUGGCUGACCCAAUAGCUUUCACUUGUCAGGCAUUGAAAUUUUCUUCUGUAGAGAAGGUAGACAAUGUUCUGACUUCGUUAUUGAAAAACAAAAUAUCUACUUAUGAAUUCAGCCCAUUCCAAAGUGAAGAAGAGCACUGUCACCAAGCUACUGAGGUUUUGCAGAAUUCUCUGCAGAGAAAAGAGAGGACUAUGACAGGACAAAAUGUACAAACAAACCCCAGAAAUUCACUCUUAACCUUGUGUAUGUCAAAAAGAACUUCAAUUAAAAGCAAGCACUGGCCUCAAUAUAGCCAUUUGGAAGAAUUUCCUACCCUGCUUCACUGUGCAGCCAGAUUUGGCUUGAAGAAACUUGCAGCAUUUCUACUCAGUUGUCCUGAGGCCACACGGGCCUGCAAAAUAACCAAUAAAUAUGGAGAUGAUCCAGAAAGUAUUGCGAAGAAGCAUGGGCACAAGGAAUUAAGAAAAUUCAUCAGAGAAUUGUCAAACUAUGCAGCAAGUGAUUUCACUAAUUGCAAGGAGGAAGACAGCAAGACUUAUGAGCUUAUGUUAGGCUCAGAAGCUCCACCAGCCGUGGCCAAGCAGAACUCAAGAGAUCAAUAUGCAAUUGGAUUGAGAUGCCAACAAGAAGAAGUUGAGGUGGAUGAGGAAAAGAAGGAUGACCUAAAAGACAGCAGAGAGGAGACAGAAUAUGAAAAUGAAGAAGAGGAGGAUUCAUACAGCCUUCACAACAGUCCUCGCAGGUUGUAUGCCAACGUAGGGGAUGAGCUCAAAGAGAGCAGGAGAGAUUGCUUUUUCUGCAAGAGGCCACCCCCUCCUCCCCCUCGAAAUCUGCCUGGCAUCCAAAGACAGGACAAUCUGCAUAAUUCAUCACAAGAGAGGAUUUUUGUGGAGGACAGGAGUAAAAGAGAGCAGGGUGAUGGACUCACAACCGCAUGCUGCGGAGAAGAGCAGGGUUCCUGUGAGGAGGACAGCGAGGAGGAGCACCCCUACACUUGUGUGGCACAGGAUGAAUGUGUGUACGACCUCAUCCUGGGGCAGGAGGAGCACAACGAGGAGAAAAGGAAGCACUGCAGGUCCUUUAUCAUGAACAGGCCACCAGCCCCUGCGCCCCGGCCCAUGUGCUCGCUGGUCAAGGAGGAGAACACUCCCUACAUCGCACAAGUGUUUCAGCAAAAGGCCUGUCGAGUGACCAGUGACAACAGCAGGACAUACUGCGAGGCCAGGAAUCCUGAAGCGCACAGAGGCCACACUGAGACAGUAGCUUACAGCACUGUGGUACACAGGAUCCCUCCUGAACAGGAAGAACUCAUUCACUUGCAGAAACAGGUGAAAGAGGGGGCAAUUUCUGUGGAUGAAGCCAUUGACAGAUUUAAACUGUGGCAGAACAAAAAGCAGAGACUACCGUCCACUCAACAGGAAACAGUUCAUCACCUGAGAGACACCACUGUCAGAAACAGACAAGAAAAUGAAAACCUGGAUGUCUACAACUAGGAGCCCCACAGAUAAGGAACAGAUGCCUAAUUACCCAAGUGUGACUCUCCAGCAAACUGCACAUCAGAUUCCUCCUCUUGACAUCCCACACAUGUUCCAGCUGUGCCCUGCCAGCCUCAGGCUCCAGCCCAUCCUGUUGUGACACCGCCAUGGGAUCCUUGCUGCACUUCCAGUGCCUCGGAUCCUCUUGCCAGGGCCUGCUCUGGAAGAAGACCAAUAUCACUAAAGCAGAUUAAUAAGGUUUCUUGUAAAGUCAUCACUGAAUUUUACACCUUUUUCUUUGCUUUUUCUUCUUCCAAGAUGACAGCUGACAAUUUAUAUAAAGAUGUAUUGCGUGCUUUGGUUAAUAAUUUUUGAAGUCAUUUCAGUUUUUCCAUUGUGCUUGAUAAGUUGUUUAAGAGUAGAUUUUAUGCACAAAAGAGGAAAAUUGUAAAAGCCUAUAAAGAUUAUUAAGUGAAAGUAAAUAAAAUCUAGCUUUUACUUUUUGUUGAAACAUUUUUAUACUAACUCUGUGUAAAAAUUUGUCUUUCCUAAGAGUAACUAUAUUUAAUCACCAGUUUAAAUAACUGUACUCACAUUAAAGCUAAUCUCUUAAGCCAAACUAUGUAAACCAGUACUAAUUAUCUACUAAUGCAUUAAAGUGAUUCCAAGAAUUUGGUUUACAAGGAAAUUGUGUUUUGUUUAGUAAGUUGACUAAGGUAAUUUAUAUCCAGAACAAAACCAAAUUGCUUUCUAUUGCAUUAACAUAGCAACAGUAAAGGAAUAAAUAUGGUUAAUGGGUA